CGCGGUAUCGGGCGCGUUGCGUUCACCAAAAACCUUCCCUUCCAGCUCAAGGUCGGCUAUGAAUUCCACACGGUCGUUUUCUCUCGAGGUCGCGUCCAAACCAAAAGACGGGAACCAUGGACCCUUCGUCUCGUCGAAACUCGCCUGAACCAGAGAUUCCCUUUGAUCCCUCGCAACCUUUCAAAGGCGUCGUCGUUUGUUGCACCAGCAUCCCACCUGAUCAAAGAACCGACCUCGAAGCCAAAAUACAUCAAUUAGGCGGCAUCCACAAAUACGACCUGACCCGAGACGUCACCCACCUCAUCGUCGGCCAAUAUGAUACCCCCAAAUACCACCAUGUUGCCCAGCAGAGAGUCGACAUCAAGGCCAUGGAUGCCCGCUGGGUCGAUGCUGUCGGUCAGCUGUGGAUGAACGACGCCGAAAUCAACUUUGAAGCCCUCGAGAAGAAGUGGCAGCUAUUACCCCUGGAGACGAACGGGCCCGAAGCUGGCAAGGAAGAACGCGGCAGACUACUCCUCUGCAUGACUGGUUUCGAUGACCCCGACCAACGCCAACGUAUCGUCGACACGAUUAACAACAACGGCGGCACUUACACCGGUGACCUCACCAGGCAAGUCACCCACCUCAUCGUCUGCAAGCCCGAGGGUAAGAAGUACAAGGCUGCCAAGGCAUGGGGUGUUCGCACCGUUUCCCUGGCCUGGCUGGACCAAACCAUUGAGCGAGGCAUGAUCCUCCGCGAUCACUACUUUGACCCCACACUUCCACCGGAAGAACAAGGCCAGGGCGCGUGGAACCGGGCUUCGACGAAUAUGAACGCCUCGGUUAAGCGGUCGAGGUCGAUUUCGGAGCACGGUCAGAGGAAGCUGCGCAAGACGGCCAGCCUGAAACUCAGCAGCCAGCGAGACCACCUCUGGGGCGAUAUUCUCCGCAACAAGCCGUCGACGGGGUCCCUUGCCACACCAGCAAGCGAAUCAACGGAGAACAAGAACGUCAAUGAGGUAAAGGACGGGAUAGAGGUCGCCGACUCAGCUGCCGAUCUUUCGGCCCCUCAGGCUCCUCCGCCGGAUGUUGGUAUCUUUGGAGGCUGCUCGUUCGCCAUGUCGGGCUUCGAGAAAUGGAAGCAUGAUGUUCUCGUCGAAGCGAUCACAUCCUUGGGAGGGACCAUAUGCAACUCGGUCGAACAACUGGCGGCAACGAAUUCACAAAACCGACAUGUGAUUGUUCCACAGAGGUCACGCGCAGACAGCCACCCGCAGAUUCCCGGAGCCGUAUCCAGCCUGGUCUCUACCGUGACGGAAUUCUUCAUCGAGAGAUGCCUGCACAACAAGACGCUCUGCGACCCCAAAGAACACGCCCUCGGCCGACCGUUCCCGCACUUCCCCGUCUCCGGCUUCGAAGAACUGGCCAUCUGCACCGCCGGCUUCGCCGGUAUCGACCUCCUUCAUGUGGAGAAGUGCAUUACCCAGCUGGGUGCCAAGUACGCCGCCAGACUAAACGGCGCCACGUCCGUCCUCGUCUGCAGGGCUUUGGCAGAAACGAGGAAGGAGAAGUUGAAGUUCGCCCUCGAAGCGAAUAUACCCGUCGUUAGCGCAGACUGGUUGUGGGAGUGCGUGUCGACGGGGUAUAACGUGCCGGUGCAGAACUUCCUGUUCCCAAAAUUGAUGCAGGACACAAAUAUCAAGCCGAGAGUAAGACCGAGGCAGGACGACAAAUCCGCCGACUUGCAGAGAAAGAAGUUGGAGCAAAGUAUCGCCAGACCGGGUACAAACGUCCAAAGGACGUCGUCACGAGGUGUGGCACUGGACGACACGGCGUUCACGAGCGAGAAGACGAUACCCAGUGUAGGACGGGGGCUCAGUAAGAGGAACGGAACAGCAGGCGGCGAUACCCCGUUCGAGACAGCCAGGACGCAUCAGCAGCAGCACCAGCAACAGCAGCAGAUGGACAGCUUCGGCGGCGGGACGGUCCCCAGGCCCCUUUCCGACCUGUCGACCAGCGCGCUCAACAAAUCCCCUUCGCCGCAGAAGCCGGCGUCCAAGCCAUCAGCAAAAGUUGCGAAGCCCCACAUCAGCACUUCUGCUGAAGACUUUGCUGCUGCUCCGCCUCAGGCUUCGGGCGGCGAGGAGGACGUCAGAGAAGAAAUACGGACCACCGAAGAGGACGGGAACGGGGUACAGCAGGAGAAGGAGGGCCCCACGGAAGAAGAGAUCCGAGCAGAGUUGAAGCGAAAGCAGGACGAGAAGAAGGCGGCCGAGCGAGCGGCCAUUUCGUCGAAAAUCACAUCCCUUAUCGAAGCGAGGGCUACAGCCAGCAGCAGCAGCAGCGGCAUUCUUCAUGUUGGAAUGGGCGGGAGCGGAGGAGGCGAGGAGGCACGGCUGCAGGACGAAGAGGCUGCGACGGGAGGAGGGAAUGGAGCAGCCGCAGCCGCAGCCGCAGCCGCAGCCACGGCCCCCAAGUUGUCGCGUAGGAAAAAGGGCAUCUUUGGACGGGCGGUGAGCAAUGUGUCGGCGGCGUCGAGCGCGAGCCUUGAGUCGGCUGCGGGCAAGGCGACGACGCCAGUGGCGGAGUUGGACGGGGAUGGGGGUCUGCUGGCGCGUGCGCGGAGUGACGGUGUCCUCAUGAUGAGGGACCGCCGUGGGCAUGCCCAUGCGGAUGGAGACGACGGACAGCAGGAGCAGCCGUUGCCGUCUACGCAGAUCGGGUACCAGGACCCUGAGGCGGCGCAGUGUAAAGCGGAGUUGAUGAGGCGGAUGUUGGGAGGGGAGGAGGCUCUGCCUGUGGUGAAGACCAAGGUGCGAAGAAGACCGUUGUGAGUGGUGUGUGUGUGUGUGUGUGUGUGUGUUUCCGAGCGAAACUCGUGGACUGCACUUCAUGGCGGGAUAAUGGACCAUGACUGUUGAUGGGUUUCAUAGCGAGGCGUUAUAUAAACUGCAUGAGAGACAACAUGAAAUGAGCAUUUUGACGACGGGCACUUGGGGAUUUGGCAGCCUUGACGGAUACUAUUUUUUUCUUUUUUUUCUCUUCUUUUUUUCCCCUCCUCCGAGGCGAUUUGGGACUGAAUUUAAGGGAUCAUGAAUUAAGACGCUCCAGGAAAAAAACAAUCAAGAUAAAUAAAUACAGAGGGUACGUUCCGUUAGCAGCAGUUCGUUCCAUGAAGACAGAAAGAGAAGAAAAAGAAAAGAAGAAAAAAAUGAAGCA